CUUCUGUGAGGGUGCCGCGGCGGACCGGCCGGGAAGAUGCCAGUAGCGGUGAUGGCGGAAAGUGCCUUUAGUUUCAAAAAGUUGCUGGAUCAGUGCGAGAACCAGGAGCUCGAGGCUCCUGGAGGAAUUGCUACUCCCCCAGUGUAUGGUCAGCUGUUAGCUUUGUAUCUGCUCCACAAUGACAUGAAUAAUGCAAGAUAUCUUUGGAAACGGAUCCCACCUGCUAUAAAAUCUGCAAAUUCUGAACUUGGGGGAAUUUGGUCAGUAGGACAAAGAAUCUGGCAGAGAGAUUUCCCUGGGAUCUAUACGACCAUCAACGCACACCAGUGGUCUGAGACGGUCCAGCCAAUCAUGGAAGCACUUAGAGAUGCAACGAGGAGAAGAGCCUUCGCCCUGGUCUCACAAGCCUACACCUCCAUCAUCGCUGAUGACUUCGCAGCCUUUGUUGGCCUCCCUGUGGAAGAGGCUGUGAAAGGUAUAUUAGAACAAGGAUGGCAAGCCGACUCCACCACUAGAAUGGUUAUGCCCAAAAAGCCAGUUGCAGGGGCCCUGGAUGCGUCUUUUAACCGGUUUAUUCCCUUAUCAGAGCCUGCCCCAGUGCCCCCGAUCCCCAACGAACAGCAGUUAGCCAGACUGACCGAUUAUGUGGCUUUCCUCGAAAACUGAUAACAUCAUUCUGAGUUCAAGAUCCACCUUCGGAAUCCUGUAUACUGACAGAUAGAGAAAUGUAAAAUUUUUAUUUUCAAUUUCUUGGACGGAUGAAGCACCUCAGCAUUCCUUACUGAGUAUGUGAUAAAAUACAUAUAUAAAGUAUAUUAUAUAUAUUUUGUCCUUAAACACUAUAUGGAAUAGUUGUUGAAGCAGUUCUCCUUUUGUAACAUUGGACAGUUUGGAUGGAGCCCGUCAGUAUUAUGCAGUUUAUAUUUCCUAGUGACUUACAAAGUACAGCUCUCCUGCUUCGUGUAGUCA